AUGGCUUCGGAGGGUGCCCGUCUCGCCGCCGCAGAACUUGGUCUCGCGCCGAUACACGUCGCCAGCCUCGAGGGCGACGUGGAGGCUGUCGUGAAAAUAGCAUGCGAGCCAGGUGUCAUAGAUACGCCUACGCGGCCACCAGCGGAGACGGGAUGGCGACAUCCUGAGACCCCGAUCAAACUCGCCGCCCUGAUGGGCCACCUCAGAGUCGUCGAGUUCCUGCUGGAGCGCGGAGCUAGCCUCGGGGACAGCGACUUACACGCCUCGUUUUACGCCCUCGAAGACGGCGUGGCGGCGCAACGACGCCAUUUCUUCCUCGAUGUAGCUCACGUAGGCCGUGAACACCCGGACGCGGCGCGCACACGCCGCGCCGUCCACGACCUCCUCGCAUCCCCGGGCCGUCGCAGCGCCUACCGGGCCCUGCUAGACGGCGGCGAGUGGGCCGACCUCGGGUUCCCCGAGUACAAGCUUGGAAAGCAGGGCCGCGACAUCGUCGUGUAUGCGCCGGUGCUGCGCGUGCGCACCGGCGCCGGCAUCCCUAUCUCCCGCAACAAGACCAUCGGCGUCAUCGUAGCGAGGGGCGGGCAGGGCCACGUCCUGAUGGCGGCCCAGAGCGGCUUUCGACUCGGCGGCGCCGGCCGCGACGGCGAGAAGAACCAGUGUCUCAACACCGGCAAGUGGAAUCACAUCGUGUUAACCCGCGUUGCGUCGGUCUUGGGGUUCCAGUUCCCCGGGAAUCGCCACGACAACGGGGGUCGCCCCGCGGAGGAGGAGCAUCGCGGGCGCGCGCACGCGGGCCACGUCGAGAUCCUGCUCUCGUCAUGGUACGCGCUGGAGCUGGUGAAAAAGCACGGCAUCGUUGCAGCAGAUGCGGAUAAUGGCAACGGAAUUCACAACGAGGAUGCCGACGGCGGUGCCUCGCAUCUAGAGUCAGAAGAGGACCUCCUAGAUCGCCAACUUGCGGCCCUCCGCUCGCUGCGACGUGUGACGCUGGGCGACGCACGCUGGGCCCAGAUCCGCAUCGACUCCCAACCGUGCGCGACGUGCUUGCGCUUCGUCAAUGCCCUGUGCCAGCGUACGGGACUCGCCAUCUCGAUCGUCGGCGGCACCGGCGUAGGCCCCACCCUAGCGACGAAGAACGCGCGCAACAACGUCCGCCUUGAUACCUUCGGAGACGUGUUUCCCGCGUCCGAGCUAGAGAGCGACGAGGAGGGCGGCGACGGGCAAGACAGAGCCAUGGUGCGAGAGGUGCUACCCCCUUUCCCCUUACCCCCUAGUACACCCGAACCGGAUCCAUUCUCGAACAUGGAAUCACGCCGUUCGGAGAACCACCUAGAGCUGCUGGCUCGAUAUAACAAAAAGACGCCAGUUUUCGAGUUCCCCCAGAAUGGCGCCGGUAGUAGGGUUACGGAGACUGUUGUUCCCAUGACCCCUCUCCCCAAACGACAAUAUACCAACGACAGCGAUCAAGUUAUGAUCGACAACGGUAGAGAUGUGCAAAGCGAGGCUGAAUGGCCUCUGAUCGACCCUACGGGUAUUAGUACCGAAGAAGACGAGGACGGCUAUUCGUUGAUAAGCUGGGGCACACCCAGCCAGGACAGCAUCGGUUACGAUUCCAUGUUCGAAAGAUCGCCUCCUUCGUCUCCCAUGAUUCGGGACCGGACCCGUUCUCGUCAAAGCAGCGGGACUGUUACCUUUUCGCCCAAGGCUCCCCUGCUCGACUUAGAAACGGAGUCGUUUUCAAGCGGACGAUUCGAGCGGAUCGUCCCAGGCGAAGAGAAUGGCACACAUAGUGCUAGCUUCGCGAACGAUUACACGGAAAUGGACACGGGAGAUAGAAAUACGACAAUCACCGGAUCAAGCGAUCCUGACAAUGGCCCAGACGCUAAUGUGUUGGGCGCCAGGUCGAUGUAUUUUGCCUCUCCCUCUCCAAAUCCAGGCCCUUUGCCACGCCCUCGAGUCGCCUCUUCCCGUUCUCCAGCCCCGUUGACGCCUGGACGUUACGGCGCUUUUAGCCCGUGCCCCCGCGCCGGCAGCGACGACGACGGCGACGUCGUCCUCGUGGACACGGACAGGUAUCACAGGGCAGCAGAGGCCGCGCGCCGGGCCAGGGACGCGAGAGCAGCAGCGGCAGCAGCAGAAAGCAGGGACGUCUCCCGGGAACGGGCGGACAUUCUCAAGGAGGAAGGUGGCGAGGAAGAGACGGCAAAGGAAGUGGAGGAAGAGCGCCCCGGCGUCCAGACCGGCCGAGCGAGGCUCCAACAGUGGCGGUACCGUCCCCCGCCGCCGCCCCCGCUGCCGUUGCGGAUCGUCCGGUACUACCCCGUCCGCCUCCACCCUCGCGACCACGGCUGCGGCUCGGCGCCUCCGCACAGCCGCGUCGAGACGCAUACGUACUACCCCGGCCGCGGGCAGCCGUCUAGAGACAACGUGCCGUUCCUAGUGCGUCGACAUGUUCGCGAAGGAUAA